UGAAUGACUUGUCGUGGGCGAGCCCUUCGGGUGCUAUUAAUACUUUCGGGUCACAGCGGAGACUCUGGCUGUUGUUCAGAAAAGAACUACGAAUCCCAGAAUGCCCUGUUCCCCCAUUUUCCCCGCGAGAAUCCAAGGCAUUGUCCUACAUAAUGGUAGAGGACGAACUGGCACUAUUCGAUAAAAGCAUAAAUGAAUUUUGGAAUAAAUUCAAAAGUACGGACACCUCCUGUCAGAUGGCGGGACUAAGAGAUACCUACAAGGAUUCCAUCAAAGCAUUUGCAGAAAAGCUGUCUGUGAAAUUAAAGGAAGAAGAACGAAUGGUUGAGAUGUUUCUGGAAUAUCAAAAUCAGAUCAGCAGGCAAAAUAAGCUCAUUCAAGAAAAAAAGGAUAACUUGUUAAAAUUGAUUGCUGAAGUAAAAGGCAAAAAGCAGGAAUUGGAAGUACUGACUGCAAAUAUCCAGGAUCUUAAGGAAGAAUAUUCUAGGAAGAAGGAAACUAUUUCUACUGCUAAUAAAGCGAAUGCAGAGAGGUUGAAAAGGCUGCAGAAAUCUGCAGACUUGUAUAAAGAUCGACUUGGACUAGAAAUUCGAAAAAUUUAUGGUGAGAAAUUGCAGUUUAUUUUCACUAAUAUUGACCCUAAGAAUCCUGACAGCCCAUUUAUGUUUUCCUUGCAUCUCAAUGAAGCAAGGGACUAUGAAGUGUCAGAUAGUGCCCCUCAUCUUGAGGGCCUAGCAGAAUUUCAAGAGAAUGUAAGGAAGACCAACAAUUUUUCAGCUUUUCUUGCCAAUGUUCGGAAAGCUUUUACUGCCACGGUUUAUAAUUAACGUACAAAUAGUGCGUAUAAAAACGGUUUAUUUUUCUUCUCUAUUACGUAUCUCUUUUUUUUUCUUGUUUUUAUUAUUAUACUUUAAGUUUUAGGGUACAUGUGCACAAUGUGCAGGUUUGUUACAUAUGUAUACAUGUGCCAUGUUGGUGUGCUGCACCCAUUAACUCCUCAUUUAGCAUUAGGUAUAUCUCCUAAUGCUAUCCCUCCCCCUCCCCCCACCCCACAACAGUCCCCAGAGUGUGAUGUUCCCCUUCCUGUGUCCAUGUGUUCUCAUUGUUCAAUUCCCACCUAGGAGUGAGAAUAUGUGGUGUUUGGUUUUUUGUCCUUGCGAUAGUUUGCUGAGAAUGAUGGUUUCCAGCUUCAUCCAUGUUCCUACAAAGGACAUGAACUCAUCCUUUUUUAUGGCUGCAUAGUAUUCCAUGGUGUAUAUGUGCCACAUUUUCUUAAUCCAGUCUAUCAUUGUUGGACAUUUGGGUUGGUUCCAAGUCUUUGCUAUUGUGAAUAGUGCCAAAAUAAACAUACGUGUGCAUGUGU